AUGGGAAAAUUUGAAUCUUACACCCCUCUCACCUUACCACGUACUAAGAUCUUUAGUGCGACGAGGGAAGAGGGAAGAUUCAAGAAACCAAAGUCGCCUCCUUCUUGGCAUCAGAAGAAGGGGAAGGAUCAUUGGUGCGGGUUUCAUGAAUCCCAUGGGCAUCGCACCGAAGACUGCCUUCAGCUGAAGGACCAGAUUGAAGAGCUGGUCCAGAAAGGGUACUUAAAGAAAUAUGUCGCGGAACGCCGCGAAGAAAAGAAAGCUGAGAGAGAUUCUCGGCAGGACCUGGAUUAUCACCGGAAAAGGGACAAACCUCCCGUCAGGACAUCCUCACCAUUUCUGGGGGGUAUUUCUCGAAAUGCGCUGAAACUCCAUCUAAGGGGGCUGACCCAUCAGAUCCAUCACGCCGAAUUCCGAAAGCCACAGUCCCCGGUGCCGAACAUGAUGUUCACAUCCGAAGACUGCAGGGGGGUGGUGUACCCCCAUGAUGACCCAUUGGUUAUCAUGACGAGCAUCGCAAACCACAACGUCUAUCGGACACUGGUAGACGGUGGCAGCAGAGCGAAUAUACUUUUCCGAAAAGCAUUAUUCCAGUUGAAAUUGGAGAGCAGGCACUUAACUCCAGUUCCCUACCCAGUGACUGGAUUCAACGACUCUUCUUCAUAUCCAGAUGGGAAAAUUCUUCUUCCCGUCAGCCUCGGCCAAGACUGA